GACUCAUGACAGUAGGCGGAGACUGUACCAAGAUGGCGGCUGCGGGAGCGACCAAAGCUUUUCAAAAUCCACCAAAUCGGAUGUUUAUCUGUGACUCACGGGAUGCACAGUAACCUAAAAGAGGAGAGCUUCGUGUUCCGACUGCCAUGACUCCGUUUACCGCAACAACACCCCUGUUUUCUAGAUAUCUGAGCUGUUAUAGCCCGUUUUGCUAUCUGACAUUGUGAAUACAUUAGUUAGCUGUUAGCCUCCGAGCAGCGCUUACGACCACUUAGCAUCAACGAGCCUACUGGAAAGCACUUUUUAGCCGAAAUUUUACAAUUUACACACAAAUAAGAGCUGUGUGGCGUCCUGACUGGAUAUGGAGUGGAGUUGUCUUCAGACUGGAUGACAUUGUCUAAACGACAGGACCAUUUUCCUGAACAAAACUUAAAACUUUUUACCACAAACUGACACCAAAUAAAUCGCCUGGUCACUUCUCCAACCGCCUCUUCCCCUUCUCCUCCUCCCACUCUCUCUACCCUCAAGCUCUCCCCUUUUCUGCUUCUAAUUUUUACAUUUUAACUCGACAUCUUCAUAAGUCUUGACUAAACUCUUGGAUGACCAUGAGCUGGCUGAGCAGGUUGAACCCGCGCGGUCCCGGGGUGAGAACCGGGCGAAAUACUGCCCCCUCUGGCCACUGCAUUGCUGACCCGGAGACUUGUCUCAUGGUGUUUCAGAACCACUGGAGACAGGCGUCUUGGAUCUUGGAGCAGCGUGAGCCCUCCUCCUCCAGCGAUGAUCUGACCGCAGUGAGGAACCACACAGAUCAGAUGCUCUGUUUGUUAGCAGAGGAGCGCCCAGGUGAGAGUCCAGAUCUGGGUGACUCUGUGUCUCCUAUUGGCCCUAUCUUGGAGCUGGUGGUGACGGAGAAUGUUUUGGAGAGAGUGGUGCAGUGGCACAUUCGCCGUGGUCUGGACCUUGACAGCCAGGGGGCGCUGCUGAAGCUGUUUGAGAUGCUGAUCGGACAGUCCCAUCAGCCCUUGCUGCAGCACACAGCGGUGCUCCACCCUCUGCUCCGGCUACUUGGGGCCUGUGGGGACACUGAGCUGGGCUGUCCUCCGGCACUUGAGAACAGUCUCGUGCUGCUGCUCAACCAGGUGUGUGUGACUAUGGCCCGUCAGCCUGUGGUCCUGGAGCUCCUGUUCAGAGCAGCUCCUGCUCAGCAUGGCUCCACAAACCUCCUAAUCUUCUCUCUCCUGGUCCCCUUCAUCCAUCGUGACGGAGCUCUGGGGCAACAGGCUAGGGACGCUCUGCUGCUUGUGAUGGCGGCUUCUGCCUCUCAUGAAGCUGUGGCCCGAUACAUCGCAGAGAACUCCUACUUCUGUCCAGUGCUGGCCACAGGUCUCAGCGCUCUCUACUCGUCUCUGCCCAGAAAGAUUGAUGUUCGUGGGGAUGACUGGCACGCGCUGAGGAGGGAGGACUGGAUGGGUGUGUCUUCUCUGGUCCUCUUCAUGAAUUCUCUGGAGUUUUGUAACGCUGUGGUCCAAGUCUCUCAUCCUUUGGUCCGAACGCAGCUCCUUGACUACCUACACAAUGGCUUCCUGGUGCCAGUGAUGGGCCCCGCACUCCAUAAGUCCUCAGUGGAUGAGAUGAUCGCAAGCACGGCGUACCUGGAUCUGUUUCUGCGCUCUGUGUCUGAGACCUCUCUCCUCAGGACUUUCCUCCGGUUCAUCCUGCUCCAUCGCCAUGACAACGACACCAUCUUAGAUACUCUGCUCACUCGAAUCAGCAGCAACUCCAGGCUCUGUAUGGUGUCUCUGAGCCUGUUCAGGACUCUUCUGUCUUUACAUUGUGAAGACGUGAUGCUGCAGCUCAUUCUCAGGUAUCUGCUGCCCUGUACUCAUGUAAUGCUGAGCCAGCGCAGAGCCAUCAGAGAGACCGACCUAUAUGGGAAAUCUGCCAACAAGUUCCUGUCCCUGAUCCCUGAGUGCUGCAGACAGAGCACAGCGCCCUCUAUGGACCGAGAGGAUGACAAUGCCUUCUGGGGAAAAGUGCUCUCCAGCCCCUCCUCCGAAUCGCCUGCUCCACACCGACCCAGCACGCCAUCCCGCCUCUCCUUCUUCAUGAGACAACAGAGCACCGGUACCACCCCGUCCUCAAGCUCCACCCAGUCCACUCCGCCAACCACGGACCACACUCUCUCCCCCGAGACCACCCCAACCACCCAACAAAACCUCACCGAAUGCCUGGAAUGGGACUGCGGAUACCUGGAGUACCUCAAAGACGCCCGGAAAAGUGUGGAAUUCUGCUCUUGGGCUUGCCGAAAUUGGUCCGCCCCUUACGAUGGCGAAAACCCCUCCCCUAACUCCGCCCUCUUGCCACCUCCCCCUCCCACUUCAAAUCCAUCUAUGGCCAUGUUUCCUGAGCACUUUUCCAUACAAGGUAAUAGUAGUAGUAGUUAUAAUACACCUCCUAAUCAAAGAGCGGCGAUAGUAGCGGCUGCCAGAUCGGAGUGGAGUAGUUCGGAACGAGAUAGCGGCGAAUGGGAUGUUACUAUCGGGAAAAAUAAUUGUAUAAGUUUAACACCAAGAUCGAAAAAACGUAGCUUGCAGCGAGAAGAACUUUUGCCAAAACCUGUCCCUCCUUUAGUGCCAAUUUCUGCAACUUCAACAACAAAUUUGACAACUUCGCACACAUCUCCUGCUUCCCAUAACCAAUCUACCACCAUUACCGUCACCUACAAACCCUUGCUCAACGGCACGGCGACGCAAAAUGACAGCCAAGAUAGAGAUUUAGAAGUUAAAAAGGUGAAGAGAGACUUGGAUGAGAGGCAAUACCUGGACGAAAAUGCAAAUCAAAAUGGGUCUGUUACGAAAUGCAUGUCACAGAGUUGUAGUAUCUUUAGUAAUGAUUCAAGUGAAGGGACAAGUAGUAGUUCAAUCGUAACGCAAGAUUUGGAAGAUGGUAACCAAUCUGUUGAAAGUUUGAUUGAGGAGUUAUUGGAGCAGUCGCCAGAAGAUUCAAAGUGUCCCAUAGAAUCGAAUGGACAGGGGAUUAGCAUUGAGGCAUUUACACAGGAGCUAAGGGAGCUGGAGGAUAGAGUAAAGGAGAGGGUGAAGGAGGUGUGCCAACAAGAGGAACCAAACAAAGAGGAGAGGCAGACACAGCAGCAACACCCCCUGGAGGACGAGACGGGGAUGACAGGAGGAGUAGGAGCGGAGGAGAGAGGAGACAGCAGUGUGGUGGGCCUUUGCAGUCCAGCAAGACCCCUGAACCAGCCUACAGCUCAGCCAUAUACAGGUCCAUUCAUGGUAGUGAUCUUCUCGAAACUGGAGAACAUGUUGCAGAACUCUCUGUAUGUGAACAUCCUGCUCACUGGCAUCGUGGCUCAGCUGGCGGCGUACCCACAACCUUUGCUCCGCUCCUUCCUCCUCAACACCAACAUGGUCUUCCAGCCGAGUGUCAAGUCUCUGAUACAGGUGUUGGGCUCUGUGAAGAAUCGUAUCGAGGCGUUUGCUGCCUCCCAUGAGGACUUUCCUGUGAUGCUGAGGAAGGCGCAGCAGUACUUGGUGUUCAGAGGCCGAGUGGACUGGAGCGACCUGUCCUCUGUGCCACCACUCCGCAGAUCUGACUCUCUGGUGAAGAGCCGUAAACCGUCUCUGGGCGACCUCAUCCUUCGCCAUACAAACAGUCCGACGCGCGCCCGCCACGCCGCCCAGAUCGCCCUUGCCCACGUACGGGAUGGAGGCCAGUCUCUGCACAGCGCCCUCUUCAGGAGCACAGGAGGAGGAGCAGCAGGUGGACUGGAAAAACAAGCCGAAGCACUCAGAAUGAAGAACGCUGUCUACUCCGCAGUUAUCUUCUGUGAGUUUCUGAAGGAGCUGGCUGCCCUGGCUCAAGAGCACGCAGUCACUUUGCCAUUCGCAAACAACCCAAGCCCAGAGGAAUAGGAACUGAACUAGCAACUUUACACAAAGCACUGAUAAAGCAUCGACUUGGGUAGGUUUUGUACAUUCAUAGUUUGAACUGGAAAACGUCCUCCACAGUGUAAUAAUAUUGUGAAUAUGAUGUAUUAUAAUGACAGAAUAUCACUGUAAAAAACAUAUGUGGAAUAGUGAAGAAAGCCACAUAAGAAACACAUAGGUGCACACUGAUGCUGGUGCUAAGUUAGAUUUUUGUCACUCUAAAAAACUUAAUGUUUAUUCUUUACAAAUUACACAAACCAAAUUAUUAAAAAAAUCAAGCAGGAAAUUAAAUGUUGGUAGAGGUUGGCUACAUGUACAUGAAUAUGAAAAUAGAUAUAUUUCUGCACGUUUGGGUCAAACUUAAAAUGAGAAUUCAAAGUAGAGAUAUCCCAUAAAAAGAAUAAUAUUUAAAGGUACAUUAUGUAAGUUUUCUAUGGGUUCACAGUCUGUUUGUCUCCAUGAAAAUAUUAUUGCUUUGCCCCUGAAUGCUCCUCAGAAUCCACAGAUCUGACCUGGAACUUAGCCUGUUUGCAUUUCAGGCUUGGGGCUAGUUUAAUUUAAUAUCAUACUUAAAUAGCAUCCUGGAGAAAAGUCUUUAAUGGAUCCACCACUAGAAAAGUUAUGUAGUGUAUCUUUAUGACCUCUGAAUCCAAAUUAAAAAUUUUAUUACAAAUUUCUCAUAGGUUAAAGGCAUGAUGGAGGGGAAUCAACUAUUGUGAGAGUCAUAACUUUAAAUAAUAAAGAAAAUAAAUAUUGAAAAUAUUGUCAAAUGUAAUUGUAACUUAAUGAGGGGUAUUAUGCAAAAUCAACUUUUUGAAGAGUUUUACUGCUGCAGUGUGCAGUAGUUUCAUUAGCGGGAUGUAGGCCAAUUGUAAUGUAUUAGCGCUCUGAAUGGGGAGUGACUUAGUGUGGAGAGCAAAGGGAAGGGAGACUCAAAGCAUCAAAAAUGAAAGUGAAACUUAUGAAACAUGUUAACACAUUGUUUUCUGCAAAUAUAGCAUUUUCAAAACAAUAAAAGCUAACAUGGUGAUCUAAAUAUGUUGUGUAUUAGCAGUAAAAAAUUUAUAGUAAAAUAAAAUACCCCCUCUCUAAAUUUUUAAAUAAAGUUAUUCUGUAAGUUGUAUCACGGGUUACAAGCUAAUUAGCCUCCUACUGUA